AUGCCUCAGCCGUCGCAGUACCAGCAACAGCAGCAGCAGCAGCAGGUUCAACAGGUUCAGCAACAACAGCAACAAGUCCAGCAGCCGAUGCAACAAUUCGCCCAGGCCUUCCAGCAGCCCCAACUUCCAACUACCCUGAACCUCUUUGGGAAUCAGCCCCAGCUCCAGGCCCUCCCCCAGGCUCCCCAAGUGAACUAUCAACCCACCGCUCAACAGCAGCAGCCUCAGCCGCUGCCUCAGGCUCAGGGAAUCCAACAAGUCAACCAACCCGCUACCAACUAUAACCAGCAGCAGCAAAACGGCCAGCUUUUCCCGAAUCUGUUCCCCCAGCAGCCCCAGCAGCAACUUGUUAAUGGCAUGCCCCAGAUGCCCACCCUUGCUCCCCUGACGAUGCCACGACUUGAAGACAUCCCGAAAAUCGAUAUCCCAUCAAUUGAAGAGGUUGAGCAGAGCAUCCCGCCCGUCCAGAAGGCCAUUCUCUCGCAGGUGGCGCGGUUCUUCGGUGUCCUC